AUGACCAAGUGCGAUUUGUUGCAGUUGAACGAUAAAUCAAUUCUCCACGAGGCCUCAUUGCUGAAUGGGAAAUGGGUGCAAGCCCAGUCAGGCAAGACAUUCGAUGUUGAAGAUCCCGGCUCAGGACAGAUCUUCGCAACCUGCCCUACGAACGAAGUUGCCGACGUAGACCAAUACGUCGCAUCCUCUCAAAAAGCAUUCGAAGCCUACCGAAAGGAGAACCCACGCACGCGAGCCAAGAUCCUCCUCAAAUGGCACGAGCUCAUCACCAAUGCACGCGAAGACAUCGCCAAAAUCAUGGUCUAUGAGACGGGCAAGCCCAUGACUGAAGCCCUCGGCGAAGUGGACUACGCGCUGGGUUUUGCAUGGUGGUUCGCAGGCGAAGCCGAACGCAUUCGAGGUUCAGUUGCUCAGCCUUCGAUCUCGGAUCGGCGCACAUUCGUCAUUAAGCAGCCCAUUGGAGUGAGCGUCGCUCUUGUGCCGUGGAAUUUCCCAGUGGCCAUGAUUAUCCGGAAGGUCGCUGCUGCUCUAGCUGCGGGGUGCUCGAUGAUUGUGAAGCCUUCGCCUGAGACUCCACUCAGUGUUAAUGCCCUUGCGGAUCUUGCUAUGCGCGCUGGGCUCCCCGCUGGCGUUUUAAAUGUUAUUUCCACCGAUAAUGAGAAUACACCCGCUGUCAGUGAGAGGCUUUGCAAGCACCCUUUGGUCCGGAAGGUGACUUUCACUGGAAGUACAAGGGUGGGCAGUAUUGUUGCGAAGCACUGCAGUGAAGGACUGAAGAAAGUCACGAUGGAACUAGGCGGCAACUGCCCUUUCAUCGUUUUCGAUGACGGAGACCUCGAGCAGGCUGUGAAUGCAUUGAUGAUUCUCAAAUGGCGCACUGCAGGCCAGGCGUGCACACAUGCCAACCGCGUUUACGUGCAAAGUGGCGUAUACGACAAAUUCACACGAAUGAUUACCGAAGCUACGACUCAGAAGAUCCGUGUCGGCCACGGAUCUGAUCCCUCGACCACAAUGGGUCCUCUGACGACUAGCCGUGGUAUUGAGAAGCUGGAGCGCCACGUGGAAGAUGCCGUGACGUAUGGCGGCAAGGUUCUCUGCGGAGGAAAGAAACCUGUGGGUUUGAAGGGAUACUUCUUCGAGCCGACUAUUAUCUCUGGUAUGACCUCAGAGAUGUUGACCACUCGGGAGGAGAUCUUCGGCCCCUUGUUAGGACUUUAUAAGUUUGAGACCGAGGAAGAGGCUGUUAAGAUGGCCAAUGACACUUCCAUGGGCUUGGCCUCCUACUUCUUCACUAAGAACGUCGAUCGAACUUGGAGAUUGCUCGAGGAUCUCGAGGCUGGCAUGAUUGGCAUGAACACUGGCAACUCGUCUUGUGCCGAGUCUCCGUUCGGUGGUAUUAAGGAGUCUGGCUAUGGCAAGGAAGCUGGCAAGGAUGUCGCGAUCGAGGAGUACUUGAUUUCCAAGACCGGAACUUUGACUAUUGGGGCUUAA